AUGGUUUGUCUCACUGAAACAUGGUUGGAUAACACUGUCACUGAUAAUGAUAUAAAUUUUUUUGAACAUCAUGUUCCUUGGCGUCUUGAUCGUAACCGUCAUGAAGAAGGUUGCGCAAUUUAUGUUCGGACAGACUUUCACUCAGUUAGACUUGUAGAAUUUGAAGAGGCUACGUUUGAAAUUCAUGCGAUUCGUUUAACAUUAAUGAAUCGACAACAUGUAACAAUCUUAAAUAUUUAUCGUCCUAAAACGACUACUAUGCAACGUCUCUUCGCCCGUUUAAGUACUAUUUUAGAUGAGUUUGGCAAAUCUAAGUACAAAGACGUGUAG